AUGUCUGACUCCAACCCUUUCCUCCUUCUCCAACAUGCGUUCUCCGCAAUGGUGGACUCAGAUUACUCCAGAGCGGGGGCGGUGACAUUUGUGGUUUGCGAUAUUAUUUCGCACUUUCCAGAAGAGGUCAAACACAUAUGGCAGAAGAAGUGGACGCCUAUCAAGGUCCUGUAUAUCAUCGCAAGAUACUAUACCUUGCUAUUCUUGGUGUGA